UCGAAUCAGAAGAAGAAAUAAACGACUGAGGGAGAGUUGAGGAACGGAGGGGCCGAAGGUGGAUGCACGAGAGGUAGCGAAAGACUGCGGAGCCGAGAGAGGACGAGAGAGGUAGCGGAAAACUGCUGAGGUUUAGAGAAGAGUAAAGACAAGAAGCAUCAAAAGUCCCAUAGUCGGUACCCCACCAGAUUCAGGGAUGUAGCCGAAGAGGGGAGAGCUCAGCCUUUCCGAGCUCAUCACUAUGAAGAAGCAUUCGGCCAGGGUUGCCCCGCUGUCCGCUUGCAACAGCCCGGUGCUCACCUUAACGAAAGUCAAAGGAGAAGACCGACCCAGAGAGAAUGUGGUGGGCAGCACAGCGGACGGCCAGGCGGCAAACGGCGUGGCGCCGGGGGCGGAGCCUGCUACGGGGAGGUGGAGACUUCGUUGCUGCAUCAAAGUUACGGCCGUACAGGUGCGGAAGGCGCUGUGGGGCGUUGCCAUGGUGAUGUGUGUGUGCUCAUCGUGGGCGGGGUCCACCCAGCUGGCCAAGCUCACCUUUAAGCAGUUUGACGCUCCAUUCACCCUCACCUGGUUCGCCACCACCUGGAACUGCCUGUUCUUCCUCUACUACAUCGGACACCUGUGUAAGAGCCCUGAGAAACAGACCCCCAGACAGAGGUUCAGGGAGUGUUGUCGGUUCUUUGGGGAUGACGGGCUGACAGCCAAGGUGUUCUUCACUAAGGUGGCUCCGUUUGGAUUGCUGUGGAUCCUCACCAACUACCUGUACCUACAGGCCCUGAGGAAGAUCAACACUACAGACGUGUCAGCUCUGUUCUGCUGCAACAAGGCCUUCGUAUUCCUGCUCUCUUGGAUCGUACUGAGAGACCGCUUCAUGGGGGUCAGGAUCGUGGCGGCCAUCUUUGCCAUCGCUGGCAUCGUGAUGAUGACCUACGCUGACGGUUUCCACAGCCACUCUGUCAUGGGGAUCACCUUCGUUGUGGCCUCCGCUUCUAUGUCUGCACUCUACAAGGUGCUCUUUAAAAUGGUCCUGGGCAGUGCCAAGUUUGGGGAGGCAGCGCUCUUUCUGACCAUCGUCGGGGGGGCUAAUUUUGUGUUCAUCAGCUUUGUGCCAGUCAUCCUGUACUUCACCCAUGUGGAAUACUUUGGUUCUCUUGAGGACAUCCCCUGGUUAUACCUCUGUGGGGUAGCAGGCCUGCUCUUUGCUUUCAAUAUCCUGGUGAACUUUGGCAUUGCCAUCACGUACCCCACAUUAAUCUCUCUGGGCAUCGUCCUGAGUGUCCCUGUCAAUGCCAUGGUUGACCUGUACACAUGUGAGAUCCACUUCAACGCAGUGCGUCUGAUCGCCGUGUUGAUCAUCUGCCUGGGCUUCCUGAUGUUGCUGCUUCCAGAGGACUGGGACCAGUGCUUCAUCCAGCUACAUGCUAAGCUGCAGAGUAAACGGGAGGAACCAGCCGAGGAGGAGGCAGGGCCCGGCUCCAGCCUCAACUGGAGCAGGAGAGCAAGGCCCUCCAUGUCUACCUUUACACACUGACCACCGUUUAAUGCGGAGGGACGGACGGACGGACACACUGAAACAGACAGGCAGAGGCAAACACACACAUGAAUGGAUGAAUGGACAGAUGGACAGAUGGACAGAUACAGACACACAUACAGUGUACAGACACACAUACAGAUACACACACACACACACACACCUUGGACACUUGAUUGCCAUGAUGACCUGCAUGGUCGCCCUCCGCCCCUCUCUCUCUCUCUCUUUCCCCUUCGCUCUCACUAGUUUCUGCCUGUAAACCUUUCUGUUGGUCUGUCAGUCCGUCUGGGUCUGUUCAAGACCUUUUCAUUUCACUGCAAAAAGCACUGAUAUCAAUGUUUGUUCAUUUCACAAUCAACAAACAAUUAUUUCCUACUUGACCUCCACCAUUUUAGAAGUCAUCAGAGUUGGUGCAUGGGCUCACGUCAUUUAGCAAUACCUCAAAGUCAUCCCAUUGGACUGAUACAUGUAUUUACAUCAUGCCUGGGAAGACUCGCGAACUUGCCUCUGCUUUUCAAAAGACAAGGAUAGAUUGACAGACUAAUAAUAGUUACAUUUUUUUGUCAGUAUUUGUCAGACUGAUGAUGGACUUUCUGGCUUUAACAUCAUGUUCCCAUCAACCUUCAAUAUCCAAAGAAGAAGAGAACCAGGAGAGACGGAGUUCUGGUGGGCAUGUCCCUGUUGUCCCUCAGGUGUCAACAUCAUGGCAAAGACCUGCCUUUAGUGCACUGUAGAUCUCCACAGCCCAAUUCCAAACGGACGCUCGCCCCUAAACCCUAGCCCCUACUACUUUGGCAGUUCAUGGAGAUCUGAAAAGAUUAGAUAGGUAUAAUCAGUAUGGUAAUAAGUCCAUAUUGUCCUCUAUUAGAUAGGUAUAACCAGUAUGGUAAUGAGUCCAUAUUGUCCUCUAUUAGAUAGGUAUAAUCAGUAUGGUAAUGAGUCCAUAUUGUCCUCUAUUAGAUAGGUAUAACCAGUAUGGUAAUGAGUCCAUAUUGUCCUCUAUUAGAUAGGUAUAACCAGUAUGGUAAUGAGUCCAUAUUGUCCUCUAUUAGAUAGGUAUAACCAGUAUGGGAAUGAGUCCAUAUUGUCCUCAUAAUUUCCACCGUAUUAGAUCUUCACAACUGCAUAGGGGGUAGGGGGCGAUUUGGGAUUUGACGUUAAUUCACAUUUUGUUUGCCCUCCACCUCAGGAGCCUGUAGAUGUUAGGGUGUGAAGGAAUCUGUCUGGGCGUUUCACUAUCAAUCUGAGCCAUGGAAUGUCUCGCUGUGCCUCUAGCAAAUGAGAAGAGCCAGAGCCAUCUACAGCCACACUGAUUGGCCACCUGCUGUGAUACACUUCCCCCUUAGAUCAGAUCCAGAGCUCCUGCUGGUUCCAGGCUGACACCCUCAGAUCCAGAGCUCCUGCUGGUUCCAGGCUGACACCCUCAGAUCCAGAUCUCCUGCUGGUUCCAGGCUGACACCCUCAGAUCCAGAGCUCCUGCUGGUUCCAGGCUGACACCCUCAGAUCCAGAUCUCCUGCUGGUUCCAGGCUGACACCCUCAGAUCCAGAGCUCCAGCUGGUUCCAGGCUGACACCCUCAGAUCCAGAGCUCCAGCUGGUUCCAGGCUGACACCCUCAGAUCCAGAGCUCCUGCUGGUUCCAGGCUGACACCCUCAGAUCCAGAGCUCCAGCUGGUUCCAGGCUGACACCCUCAGAUCCAGAGCUCCUGCUGGUUCCAGGAUGACACCCUCAGAUCCAGAGCUCCUGCUGGUUCCAGGCUGACACCCUCAGAUCCAGAGCUCCUGCUGGUUCCAGGCUGACACCCUCAGAUCCAGAGCUCCUGCUGGUUCCAGGCUGACACCCUCAGAUCCAGAGCUCCAGCUGGUUCCAGGCCGAAACCCACUGCUCAGUCCCAUGGCUUCAGUCACGACACUCCAGACCAGCCAAACUUAACCAAGCAGCUACAUUUGCAUUAUUUCAACGUCAUGUCCACCUCCUUAGCCACCACUCAGCUUCUGCUUUGAUACCUGUCGGUAGAUUUCACCCCUUUAAAGUCACCUUAUCAUGAGGCAGACGUACUAUAGUGGUGUACUCUGUCAGUUAGCCAGUGUUGCAGCAACACCAGCCUAGGUUACAGUCUGUUUAUGCCCUCUUACCAACUCCUUAUAGAAUUGUCAUGGCUUGGGAGUUGGAAAGAGCACAACCAGAUCUGUGAUCAGGCUAAUGACACACAGGGACAAAUCUAACUGCAAGUGAUGAUCUGUAAGGGUGUUGUCUCCUGUGCAAACCUUAUCCCAAGAUGCACAGCCAGGGGUGGGUGGAAAUUAUUACUCUGUCUGUGGCAUUUUGGUGGAGGAGCCAUUAAGGAAGUCCCAUUAAGGAAGUCCCAUUAAGGAAGUCCCAUUAAGGAAGUCCCAUUAAGGAAGUCCCAUUGAGGAAGUCCCAUUAAGGAAGUCCCAUUAAGGAAGUCCCAUUAAGGAAGUCCCAUUAAGGAAGUCCCAUUAAGGAAGUCCCAUUGAGGAAGUCCCAUUAAGGAAGUCCCAUUAAGGAAGUCCCAUUGAGGAAGUCCCAUUAAGGAAGUCCCAUUAAGGAAGUCCCAUUAAGGAAGUCCCAUUAAGGAAGUCCCAUUGAGGAAGUCCCAUUGAGGAAGUCCCAUUAAGGAAGUCCCAUUAAGGAAGUCCCAUUAAGAAAGUCCCAUUAAGGAAGUCCCAUUAAGGAAGUCCCAUUAAGGAAGUCCCAUUGAGGAAGUCCCAUUAAGGAAGUCCCAUUAAGGAAGUCCCAUUGAGGAAGUCCCAUUGAGGAAGUCCCAUUAAGGAAGUCCCAUUAAGGAAGUCCCAUUAAAGUCAUAGUGAGAUCGGCUACGUCAUGUUCUGGCUGUGAUGAGAUCCAGCUUUGUCUUCAAGAUACUGUUUUUAUUUAUUCCAAUGAUUAUGAUUCUAAGGCAAGUUAACCACUGUGAGGACUCUUCAGGGUUACUGAUGAGGUAACGAACCGAGCAAAACACAGACCACAAUGUAGGCGCGGCUUCAAACAGGAAGUGGGCAGAACCUCUGCCUUGUUGUGAAUGUAUACAUGACACUGCUCAACACUCACCAUGUGCUAUCUAUCUUUUCUAUUUCUUCAGAGGGAGGCACCAUUAGACUGGUUAUGCCACAGUCUCACACUACAACCAUUCUUAUUGCACUCAUCCUUCUUGAAUGAACUGUGAGAUGCAUCUUAUUGAAUGGACAUGUAUUUCUAUUUCUGCAUUUAGUUUGACCACUGAUGUGAAGGGACAGCGAGUGACUGACAUGACAUCUACAGAACAAGCAGAGAUGACCAGAUAUAACUGAGCAGUCAUUCACUUCACUGCCUAUUAUUUUUGUUCUGCAGUAGAGUACAGGGUUGGGCUCAGUUCCAUUUCAAUUCUGGAAAGAAACUGAAAUUCCAAUUCCCCUCAUUGAAAAGCAUUGAGGAACGUUUGAAUUGAAGUUUGGAAUUGGAAUUUCAGUCCUAAAUUGUCUGAAUUGAAAUGGUACUGAGACCAACUCUGAAUAGAAGUACUACAUCAGCACUGUAAUCUCCCAUUGUCAUUCUUCGGAAUGACAAUAUAAUAAUGAAAUUGUAUUCCUCUGGAAUUAUUGCUAGACAUAACUGUAAACCUUUGUAAGGAAUGAAGCUGACUUUUACACUGAAAUAAUAAAUGCAACAUAUGAUGAU